ACGAAUAAGUUUCUCACUAGUUUAUCAACAUUCUUUUCGGAAUAGAGUGUAUGUAUUGAUAUUUAAAUAAACGUAACUUGUAAAAGUUAAUGGUGUAUUUUUCUACGACACACUUUUAAAAUAAAUCGCAGUUUUUUUUUAAUUCAUAAAUAAUACAAAUAAACCGUUUGAUAGGAAUAUUUUUAGACAUGCCUUAUCAUGGUAGAUUCUUCAAGCUAAGUUAUAUGUGCCUGCACCAUAAAAUUAUACCAAUCACAAUGAGCAAUCGAACUUUAUCUACAAUAUUUCAAUUUUCAAGAAAUUUUUGUACCACAAGACUACAAGAAAAAAGAUUUGUACAAUUUAUGAAUAAAAAUGGUGGUCCUCAGCACCUUGGAGUUCAGUUGAAACCUGGUGGUGAUAUUAUAGCAAUCUCUUCAAUAGAUUCUAGAAUACCAAAUAGCUUAAACAAGUUUCUUGAAGGUGGAGAAGUGUUAAAAAAAAAAGCUAAAAGGAAUGGUGAUUCUGACGUAAAUGAUAUCAUACAGAGAAUUAUUGUUGAAGGUCGAAGUGUUGUUCCUGAGUCAGAAGUGAAAAUUUUAGAGCCUAUCAGUGGAAUGGAUAAAUUGCUUUGCGUUGGACUUAAUUAUUCUGGUCAUUGUCAAGAACAGAAUGUUGAACCACCUCAAAGUCCAGUCAUAUUCAGUAAAUUUCCCAGUAACAUUAUUGGACCUACAGACAAUAUUGUUUUGCCAACUAUUUCUAACAAAGUUGAUUGGGAAGCUGAGCUAGCAAUAGUGAUUGGAAAGAAAUGCAAAGGCUUAAAUAAUCAGGAUGCUGAACAAUGCAUUUUUGGUUACACAGUGGCUCAAGAUAUUUCAGCUCGUGAUUGGCAAAAAGGAAAAAGAAAUGGUGGCCAAUUUCUUCUUGGUAAAGCCAUGGAUACAUUUUGUCCACUUGGACCAGCUGUAGUAACAAAAGAAUCAAUUUGCGAUAUUAACAAUCUUUUUGUUAAGACGUGGGUUAAUGGAAAUUUAAAACAAAAUGGUAAUACCAGUGAGCUAAUUUUUAAACCUCAAGAUAUAGUUGCAUUUAUUUCACAAUUUAUGACUUUAUUACCAGGAGAUGUUAUUUUAACGGGAACUCCAGCAGGAGUUGGAUUUACUCGAAACCCUCCUGAGUUUUUAAAGGCUGGAGAUAUUGUUGAAACAGAAAUUGAAGGAAUUGGAAAAAUGAAGAAUCAAGUAAUAUAAAAACAUGUAUUUCAUACAACUUAUAUGUUUAUAUAUGUAAUGAGUUUUGAAAUAUUAAUAUUAUUAUUUUA